AUGGCCAAGCUUCAAUCAAAAGUUCCUGAGCUUCUUGGCGGCCGAUUUGACGAUAGGCCGUUGCAAGGACGUUUCUUCUACCAAGAUGGUGAAAUUUUGAGCUUUUCGAUCGGCAAAUUGUCUCUUGGCUCCGCUGUUGGUGGUUCACUGACGCUUGCCACGCUCCGCGAUAGUGUCACUGAGCUGGGAAAUUCAAACUUGACACUUCCAGAGACGGUCAACCAAGCGCGUUUCGUCCAGAGCUUGGCAGUUGAAAGAGACCUCCGAAAUGGCGUAUCCAUCGAUGAUACCAUGCGUGAUAUCGUGAACAGACAUGCAGACGGCAUCUCGUUCACUUCCGACAUCGACGCCUUUGAACAAUCCCCCGCCAUCCGUGCCGUCUUCAGCGAGCUCGGAGAGCCCCAGGAAGGAGUUGCUGAAUAUUCAGCCGAUGUAGAAGAUGGGAACGAGGCAAUGCCCAUGGCAGUCUUCGAAUCAGCUCCAUUGGAAGAAGACCUCGAAUUGGUGGGACGCUUUCGGGCAACGCUGUGGGUGUCGUCCACAACGUCGGACGCUGACGUCUUUGUUGCUCUGCGUAUCAUGGAUGGCGAGCGAGAGGUUCCGCAUCGCACUACGACAGAGCGCCCCUGGCACACUCAUCGACGUGAAGAUGCUCAACCCCUCGUACCAGGAGAAGUGGUCAAGAUUGAUGUCGAGAUCAUGCCGGCUACUGGACGUGUUCUAAAAGGUCAUCGGCUGCUCGUCGAAAUCUCGCCAGUGGAGGGCCCCGGAUGCCCACCGGGAUGGGAGCGCGAGUACGACGCAUCAUACCAUGCCGGCGCUACGAAUCGCAUCUUGACUGGAGGCUCGUUUCCCAGCUCCAUUACGAUUUCCGUUGCACCUCGUGAGGACUUGCAGAUGCCACUGGGCGCCAUCGCAGGAUUCUGCUAG